CACCACAACCAGCAGCUCUGUUAGUGUGUCUCGUUCCAGCAGACUAAAGGCGUCCUCCGCUGCGGUGUGCGUGCCCAGAUCUGCGCACCCCUCCGCGGGAUAUAAAAUCGAAUUGGACCCGCCUGUGAGAUCCCGACGGUUUCCGGAUUGGUUCGCAGAUCGCCGGCAGGCCGGACACUUUCUCGCCGAGCUAUAGGGCACGUCAAGCCGGGUGUGUACAGCCCGAGUCUCCGGUGUGUGUGUGACAGCUCGAUGUGAAAAAAGCUUUCCUGAAUGGGAGUUUUUUUGGUUUUUUGGACAGCUGGAUGAGGGGCACGACAAAGGAGGUUUUGUGGGUGAUGGUCUCUGGGAUGCGAGCUCACGCCCAUGACAUGUCGAUGGAUGUUGCUGUGCUCACUUGGCAGUAAAUAUCAUUAUUAUGAUGCAGCCCUUUGGAUGUGGGCUAACUUACAGAUAUUUAUAUUGGAAUAUUAUCGACGUUUAAUAUUAUGCCUCUGGGGGGUGGGGGGGAAAUGCAUUUGUCCUCUGCAUGUCUAAAUAUCCCUUCUUCUUACUCCAUUGAUGGAGAACAGCAAAAAGCCCUCCCAGUCCAGUGGCUCGAAUGAACUGCAUUGAAAAUGAGCCGACCUUUGAACGAUGAAGGCUGUGGAGUGGGGUCAUUUGAGCAGAGUGAGCGCGCAGGAUCUAGCCGGGAUCGGACUGUCGGCAUGUAGGGUAUAGAACACCCAUCCGCCAUCCAUCCAUCUAGCGAAGGUUGUUUCCCACUUUAGAGAGAGCCUAUAUCCGAAGAGAUGGCUGACAGAGGAGGAGCGAUCAUGAAGACCCCUGCUCUGAGGAUUUUUAUCAGCCGUUCAACCAUAUUUCCCCAGCAGAUCUUAAUCUAACGUCAGCCCUGAGCGUUAUCGCCCUUUGAGUUUGUCUUCAUGGGAAAAUCAUCCAGGCUACAGUUUUGCAAGGACAGCAGGAUCCCUUAUUGUCUUUUUGGGAAACCUACCACUUAGUUACCGGCUAAUGUUUGAUGAGUUGUGAUAUGAAUUAUGCCUUACAAAACAAGAAACCUGCUCUUUUGAUACAAACCCAUACCGUAUUAACAAAAAGAUGUGGUGAUGGGGGCGGUGCAACACCAGCUCUUUAGUGCCCAAUUCCCCUUCCUGGUGGCCGAGGACACCUUGCCUCAAUCCAUGGGUGUAUAUGAAGGCUGAGUUGACAGAGGGCUGGCUUCCAGGGUCCGACAUGAACCCGUACGGCAGAGUGAGCAACCCGGCGGGACCCCUGUCCUGCAGCAGCUGCGGGGGCUGCUGCUCCCCGCCACCCCCUUGCCUCAUUCCUUCCACUGCGUCCUCCACGUCGCCGCCCCCCAUCAUGCAGGUGGAGAAUGGCAGCAGCUGGAACUCAUCGGGCUCCCCGGACACCCAACCUGGUCACUUGUGCGCGGGGCCCAACCCCUACUGGACCGCCGUGUUUGAUUAUGAGGCCACAGCAGAGGAGGAGUUAACCCUGCACCGCGGGGACCUUCUGGAGGUUCUAUCGAAAGACUCUAAAGUUUCUGGGGAUGAGGGUUGGUGGACAGGCAAGAUCCAGGACAAGGUGGGUAUCUUUCCCAGCAACUAUGUGACAAAAGGGGACGCUCCCAAUUACCAACAGCUGACUGUAGAUGGACUGGUGGCCGUCGGGGUGGGUGUGGGUGAAUGCCCGCUGGAGAUAGACUUCUCCGAACUGCGGCUGGAGGAGGUUAUAGGAGCUGGUGGAUUUGGGAAGGUGUACAAAGGACUCUGGCUGGAUGAGGAAGUUGCGGUCAAGGCUGCAAGGCAAGACCCCGAUGAGGAUAUCAGCGUGACGGCAGAGAGCGUACGCCAGGAGGCCAGACUCUUCUGGAUUCUCCGGCACCCUAACAUCAUCGCGCUGCGUGGGGUCUGCUUACGGGAACCCAACCUGUGCUUGGUAAUGGAGUACGCCAGGGGGGGGGCCCUGAAUCGCGCCUUGGCUGGAAAGAAGGUGUCCCCGAGGGUCCUGGUGAACUGGGCUGUCCAGAUUGCCACAGGGAUGGACUACCUGCACAACCAGGCCUUUGUUCCUAUCAUCCACAGAGAUCUCAAGUCCAGCAAUAUCCUCAUUCUGGAACCGAUGGAGCGGGACGAGCUGAGCAGGAAGACCCUAAAGAUCACCGAUUUCGGCCUGGCGCGAGAGUGGCACCAGACCACCAAGAUGAGUGCGGCGGGCACGUACGCUUGGAUGGCGCCGGAGGUCAUCAAGCUGUCGCUCUUCUCCAAGAGCAGCGACGUGUGGAGUUUUGGCGUGCUACUGUGGGAGCUGCUCACCGGCGAGGUUCCUUACCGAGAAAUAGACUCACUGGCGGUGGCGUACGGAGUGGCCAUAAAUAAGCUGACACUUCCUAUCCCUUCAACGUGCCCUGAACCUUUUGCUCAGCUACUUGCAGAGUGCUGGAGUCCUAACCCCCACAGAAGGCCGUCCUUCACCAGCAUCUACAGGCGACUGUUGGCCAUCGAGCAGUCGGCCAUGUUCCAGAUGCCCCUGGAGUCCUUCCACUCCUUACAGGAGGACUGGAGACUGGAGAUCCAGCAGAUGUUUGAUGAGCUUCGGGCCAAAGAGAAGGAGCUGAGGUCCUGGGAGGAGGCCUUGGCCCGAGCGGCCGAGGAGCAGAGGGAGCAGGAGGAGCAGCUGAGGAGGAGAGAACAGGAGCUGGCAGAGCGCGAGAUCGACAUCGUGGAGCGAGAGCUGAACAUCAUCAUCCACCAGAUGUACCAGGAGAAGCCCAGCGUGAAGAAGAGGAAGGGUCACUUUAAGAAGAACAGGCUGCUCAAGCUGUCUAGAGAUGGCAUCAGUCUACCCUCUGGUUUUGAGCAUAAGAUCACGGUGCAGGCGUCCCCCAGUGUGGACAAGAGGAAGAUGCAAGGGAGCGAGAGCACCACGCCGCCCGCCAGCCCGGGGGUCAUACCUCGUUUGAGAGCAAUACGACUGACCCCCAGCGAUGGCAGCUUGACCUGGGGCCGCAGUGCCGUGUGCAAGAAGGAAGACAUAGCCGGCGGCAAGAAGAAAGGACGCACGUGGGGUCCCAGCUCCACCCACCAGAGGGAGAGGGUGGGCGGCGAGGAAAAACUGAAGUCACUCAGCGAGGGCAGCAAGGUUUGGUCGUCCAGCGCACCAAACCUUGGAAAGUCUCCCAAGCACGCUCCUAUGACAGUCGGCUUCUCCAGCCUCAGUGAAAUGGAGGAGAGCUGUGAGUUCCAGGAGUCCCCAGGUUCCCUGCAGCCCUCCGAGACCAGCAGUAACGGGGCCGCUGAGGACUCGGGGUCCCUGUGGAGCGCCUUGGGGUCCGGAGCGGCUUCCGCUACUGUGGGGUCAUCGAGUGCCAGCUCCACGCAAGGUUCUACAGGUGCUGGAGCCGCCAUCAACCACCAGGACUCGCUGAGACGCUGCAGCCAGAGGAAGAAGAGUGACUUGUUGUUGUUGGGCUGUGCUUCGCUGCUGGCCUCAGUGGGUCUGGGACAAGACCUGCUGCAGCUGGGAAAACUGCAGGUGCUCCAAGACGAGCAGGACCUCAGAGAGGAGCAGAGGAAGAAGAAAGAAAGUCUUUUCCAGCGAACGGGACGUUUCUGUCGCAGCACGUCUCCCCCCAGCAGGAACCUCUCCUUGUCCUUUUCCCGACAUCCCGACUCAGGCCUGGCCUGCUUGGACCCUUCGCCCUCAGUGACGCUCCUCUCCUUGUCCUCGCUUUCCGACUGCAACUCCACCAAGUCUCUCCUCCCCUCCGACCCGGACGACUUCGCCCUGACCCCGGCGCCGGCGGCCCCCUGCCUAAACCCGCUGUUGGACUUACGGACAGAGAGUUUCAAGAAGGAGCCCAACCAGUCGCUCACGCCCACACACGUCUCCGCCGCCAUGGCGGUGAAAAGGGGCCACCGACGCACGCCGUCUGACGGCGCCAUACGACCCAGAGCGCAAACUCUGGUCCACCGCAGGACGCCAUCUGACGGCAGCAUGCCCAUGCCGCCUCCACCCGGGGCAGCCAGCAUUAGGACUAAUAAAGCUCCCUCCAGGACUCCAUGAGUGUUUCUCAUCAUGUCUACUUGGCAAUGUGUGGUCACGGCUUCUACAAUGUGUGACAUGUCCUGGGUAAACAUUCCUCCUCUGCUCUCUGCUCGCAUGCUUCGACAUUUAUGGGACGUCUGGAACUUCAAGCUCAUGUUCAAACAGGACCAUGGAACCCAACACACACUUCAGUACCAGGGGACGCUUUGGAGAGCUUUGUUUGAGUGGACCACUUGCAGCUGACAAAUCAUUGUGGACCUGAACACUUGUUUGUGGCCAUGGGCUGACAGUGCUGGUUAAGUGUGUGUGUGUGUGUGUGUGUGUGUGUGUGUGUUCUUGUAUUUCUACCCUUUUUGAGACAUUAACAAGGAAAAUUACCUUCCAUGUGAGGACCGGUGAACAAGUUAGGACAUAAAUCAUGGUCCCAAUACAGAAAACCAUUGCAAUCUAAUAGAGAGCCAAAUACUAGAGUCUGUGAACAUUGCUCCAAAGUCAGGAUUUUUUUUUGUUGAUUUAAUGUGCAUACAAAAGUAAACAUUAACAGGUGCAAAGGCAGCAAUAUAUGAUAAAACAAGCUAAAGAAGGACUUCCCUAUUCCCAAAUUGACUGUGUGUCGGUUUCAAAAGUGCCCCCCCUCUGGUCAACAUAUGAAAUAACAAGUGUGUGUAAAAAAUUUAAGUGCUCCCCCUCUGGUCAACAUUUGUAAUAAGUGUGUGUAAGAAAUUGAAAUGCGCCCCCUUUGGCCAAAAUGUAUUAAAAAAUAGAAAUAAAAAAAUGUUUUAUAUCGAGACAUACUGUAAUAACUUGAAGUAAAUAAUGAAGAAUAAAAACAAUAACAAACAAAAAAAAUAAAAACUAAAAGCUUACCUUUUUUAUAUUUGCAUAGUAUGUAUAUAUCAAUAAUGUUGUAAAUACAAAUCUUUAUAUAUCUAGAAAGGGUGGUCCUAAAGAGGUAGGCAUUUUUCGGAGGUCUCAAAAAGGUAAGAAAUACAAGAAUGUGUGUGUGUGUGUGUGUGUGUGUGUGUGUUCUUGUAUUUCUACCCUUUUUGAGACAUCAACAAGGAAAAGUACCUUCAUGUGAGGACCGGGGAACAAGUUAGGACAUAAAUCAUGGUCCCAAUACGGAAAACCAUUGCAAUCUAAUAGAGAGCCAGAUACUAGAGUCUGUGAACAUUGCUCCAAAGUCAGGAUUUUUUUUGUUGAUUUAAUGUGCAUACAAAGGUAAACAUUGACAGGUGCAAAGGCAGCAAUGUAUGAUAAAACAAGACGGCAGCUAAAAAAGAUUUCCCUAUUCAUCCCCGAAAAAACCCGCCAGGCGAACAGCUGAUUUUACGACUUCCGGUGCUGACGUAAGACAACCCAUAUGUGACCAUAGGAUGAAUAAAUACACUACAAUACUAAGACGAUAGUGGCCAUUAACAGUUAGCUUCUACAGCUGGGUUGCCCAAAGUGCGGCACUCCUUUGUCAUCGGCCUUAAGCACAUUACUAAAAAACAAAACAUUGAGAUCUCAUUUGCACCCCCUGGUGGUGAAAUCUGUCAAAAUGAGGGUGGUCCCAAAAAGGAGGGAUUUUUCAAAUUGACUGUGUGUCGCUUUUAAAAGUGCUCUACCUCUGGCCAACAUAUGAAAUAACAAGUGUGUGUAAGAAAUUGAAAUGUGGUCACUUUGGCCAAAAUUAAUUAAAAAAUGUUUUUUUUUUAAAAUUGUGGAUAUAGAGACAUACUGUAAUAACUUAAACUGAAUAAUGAAGAAUAAAAAACAAUUACAAACAAAACAAAACAAAAAAACUAAAAGCUUACCUUUUUUAUAUUUGCAUAGUAUGUACAUAUUAUUAAUGUUGCAAAUACAAAUCUUUAUAUAUCUAGAAAGGGUGGUCCUAAAGAGGUAAGCAUUUAUCGGAGGUCUCAAGAAGGUAAGAAAUACAAGAAUGUGUGUGUGUGUGUGUGUGUGUGUGUGUGUGUGUGUGUGUGUGUGUGUGUGUGUGUGUGUGUGUGUGUGUGUGUGUGUGUGUGUGUGUGUGUGUGUGUGUGUGUGUGUGUGUGGGAUGACGUUGAAAAAGCCGUCCUGUGUUCAUGUACAAUGAGUAUUUAUUAUGAAAUCUAAUAUUGUUAUUGGAAAUAAUUAUUGUUACCAUCCUUUUUCCAGGGACAUGUGUACAUUUGUUGAUACAACAUAAAGGGCAAGGGGGAAAUAUGACCUACUGGAUCAUCCCUGUUGUUUUUUGGGGGUUGUUCUAUGAAGAAUUGUGUGUGUCAUGUGAUGAAUGGUUGAUGUGAGAGAUGAAUAAUAAUAGUAAUAAAAGGAAAGAUACUUCAGUGUCAGUAUAUUGAAUCUAUAUUAUUGUAUACAAUACAUACAAUAAUUCAAAUAUUGUUGAAUUAAUACCUCAAUAAAAACAAAUGAUUAUAUAUUUUACACACCACUACCAAUAGUCUCUAAUGUUGCAAAGCUUAUAAAUGUUAUUAUUUAUAUUCUUUUGUAUUGUUUGACUUUUUUGGACUUGAUGCAUAGUAUGAUUCUUUAUGACCUACAGUAUAAUAUCAAGGUAUCACAUUCAAUAUUCAAACUAUUUUGUUCAUUGGACCACUUUUUCAGAAAGCUAAGGGGUGUGGCCCUUUUUGUUGUUUUCAUUUCGUAUUUAAUGCCAUAAAUUAAAAUGUCCAUGAAAGGCAAAAAUCCUUGAUUUUAUGGGAGCGCUCGGCGGUUUUUUGAGAACCGUACUGAAAAAACACGGCUCAUCAAAGACCCUUUGCAGGACUGGAGUGCUCU